AGUCUGAGUGUGUAGGUGCUCGGCGCGAACUGUUCCGUGUUUACGGCGACAUUAGACAAUCAGGUCCCGUAAUUUGGUCAAAUGGAGGUUGGAAGUCUGUGAGUGUUGCGUGUUUAGUGUACUGUGUGACUGUGUACAUAGCGUAUAUGCAGUAAUUCGAGGUGACACAAGAUACUGUGAAUGGAUUGCUCCAGAUUGAAAUCUGUGUGAAGCUGUCAUCUGUUGUUGCAGCUGCGUUUAUCACCAUACCGUUCUGUUAUCGGAAGAGGAUGAAGCCGGUCGCUUGAUGGAGGUGACGAGGGACUUCGUGACCGUGGUGGCAGUCGAGGGUGCGAGUGUGGACGAGUUCGUGACGGUGCUGAAUGUAGGGUGCGGGGCUCCCGAUGGGGCAGAGGACGUGCUGGUCUACCGGCUGCCGGGCGAGCGCCUGGGCUUUGGACUCAAGUUCGAGGGUGGUACUAGCACCAGCGAGAAGGUGCGCCGUCUUUUCAUCCAGUCUUGCGCCCCCGACAGCCCCGCGUCAAGGGCGCACUGCACCUGGGGCUCGUUGCAGGAAGGCGACGAGGUGCUGGAAAUCGACUCCGUGCCUGUCACGGCCAUGACGCGUUUGGAUUGCGUGCGCAGCCUCAAGGAGUCUCACGUGGUAAUCAAGCUGCUGGUGCGCCACCCUGCCCCACCACCCAUCCCGCCCCGCCGUAAGGCGCAGAGUGCCGCGGUUCUGGGCCCUCCUACUGCCUUCGCUGACGUACCGCCUGAACCUGAGGUGUACCUGGAUCUUCUGGCACAGGAAGAACUGAACUGCCUGACCGACACAGGCAGCGAUGACACAGGCAGCAGCAUUUCUACGGUGCUCGGCCCCUUCGACCAGCUGGAAGAAGAGACGUUGCAGCCGCCGCUCAGCUUUCAGGACGCACCGCUCAGUUACGGCGACGAGAAGGUGCUUCCCCCUAAACCUGCCCCCCGUAAGGACGUCCAGGCCAGGUUCAGGUCUGGAAAGAAGCGUCCUCCUCCUCCACCACCUCCAAGGAAUGACCGGCCGCAGUGCCCUCUGAAUGUGCAGACCAUAGCUGUAGUCGAUAUGGACAGAGGAGACCUGCCCCGCCUUGUGGACGUUGUCCCCAAAGCGGUCCUGGAAACAGAGGAGAUGCAGAGCGGUGCAUCGCUAGUGGAGGAGUUUGCAGGGGCGGGUGGGGAGCCGACAAGUUCUGCUGAGGGGGAGAACAGAUCUCAAGAGAAUGAGAGUGCACAGGCACUUGCAGGGAAUGAGGAAGAGACUGUACCCACCAGGUCAGAGAAUGCAGACCGUACAGUCGCAGUGACAGAUGUGCGUGUUGAAGGCGAUGGUAAGGUGGUAGAGGCGCAGGAAAACGGAUUCUUAGGGAAGAAAUACAUGUCUGUAGGGUUGCAGAAUGAAGAUCCCAUAAUUGUAAUGCUGGGCACUGCAGAAGGAAGGCCUGACAAUACAGACAGUAAAGGUGGAAAGGUGACAGACAUGUCUGCGGGAGUAGAGAAUGAGGAAAACAAAUCUGCAAGAAUAGACAGUAAUGGAAACAGGCCUGUGGAUGCUUGGAGUAGCAAAAACCAUUCUUUAAAAACAGGCAGCAUGGAUACCAGUCUUUUAAUUACAAGGAAUAAGGAAAACAUUUCUGUAACAGGCACUAAAGGGAACAGGCCUGAAGGAAUAGGCAGUCAAGACUGCACGCUCAGAGAAACAGGUGUGAAGGAAAACAGUAACUGUAGUAGUCCUGUGUUAAAUGGAAGUGAUGGGGAAGUGUCUGUACUGUCACACACGGAAGAGAAUUGUUUGUCUGGAAUCAGGGAAGAAGGAAAGAGGCCUGAGAUGCCACAUGCUGGGUUAACAGACACAAAUGGGAAUGUUGAACUGAGGCUUGUGGAGGAGAUCAGGCAUAUGGAAACAACAUUAAAGGAAAAUGGGCACGUGAAAACAGAUGAAACGGAAUAUAUGCACGUGGAAGAAGGCCCAAAGGAGAAUAGUAAUGUGGAAACAGGGAUGAAGAUAAAUAUGAUCAUGGAAACAAGUGUGAAGGAAGAGAUACACACAGUUGCUAGAAAUGAAGAUUGCAGUCCUGUAGGGACAGACAGUGGGGAGAGUGAUGUGUUAACUGAAGGGUCUGCUCUUGCGGACAACCAGGGAAGUAGAGAUCUGGUAAGCAGAGAUGAUGAAAGCAAGGCAGUGGAGACUGUAGGCGAUGAUAACAGUCCUGUGCUGCAAGACUCUUCAGAGAACAGCCCCUUGGAGACUCUCAGGAAAGACGACAUGCCUGUACUGUCAGACAGUAAUGAAAGCAGUUCUUUGGUGAUGCAAGAUGUGGAAAACAAUUCUGUGGUGAUUGAUACCGUAGAUAAAAAAUCAGUAGGGGCAGAUAUUGAAGAAGGCUUUUCUGUGGGUACUGUGAGUGUGGAGAACAAUUCUGUUUUGUCCUGUGGUAGGGGAACCAAUCUUGUUUUGACUGAGGACAUUCCAGAAGCAACAAGUAAAGAACACAGCAAUGUUAUGAUUAGAAAUGAGGAAAGCAUCGCAUUGGUGACUGGCAAUGCAGGAGUGGAUGGAGUGGGAAACUUGGCAAUCUCUCAAGAAGACAGGCCUGUUGUGUGCAACAGUUUCAGGACCGGGUCUGAAGACAGCAAAGAAAACAUGAAUGUGACAGGGAACUUGCCUGUGGAGAGAGUGACAGGAACUGCUGAAACAGAGAAAUUGCCUGAAGGGUCGAGCCAGGAGGCAGGAGUCACCCCGAAGCCAUGCCUAGAAGUGCCUGAAGAUGCAUUUGUGGUAGCUGUGCCCCAGAGGCAAGACCUACCUUCUGACUCAGAUGAAGAGGACUUCCUGAUGAAUCUGCCAGAGCUGGAACUGUUGGAGCAGGGAGGCACAGUGUUCCAGCCCGCCACUGGAGCGCUGCUGACAGCCUCUGAUGCUUUCUUCCCGUUUCGGUGCUGGGGACCAACCAGCCAUCUGGCGACCAUAGGAGAAGAUGAAGAGGAUGAUGCGACCAAUCAGGGGGUGCCAGGUGUAGCAGUGAUAUCCGAGGUGGAGAGGGAGGAAGAUGUAAUGGGACAUGUGGAAGAGGACAUGAACCCAGCUCUGUCGGCAGAGAGUCGCCUUGACAACCUGCUGCUGAAUGCUGGGGAAUUGAAACCAGGACUGGAGGACACGGAGAAAAUGCCGGUUACCAAGAAUGAAGAGCCCGACGUGACAGCUGAUGACAGCGACGCUGCUAUGAUGUCCUCUUCACCAGACGGCGCUGACACAGCGAUGGAGGAGUCGCCCCUCGCCAGUUCGGCCUCUCGCCUGCCCCCCGAUGGACACGAAUUCCCUCCCAACUACACAGAACAUAAUCCUUUCACGGUAGGCAGCCCAGCACUGAUAGAGCUGGAGCUGGAGAAGCCACCCCCACCAGUCCCUCCGUUGGCUCCACCCACAAGAAAGUUUGCUACUGAGGAACUGCGGUCACCGGUUCGAGUCCCAGCCUGGCGCAAGGAUGAGAAGAGUGAAUGCAGCGUCAAGGACAAGAUUGCCAUGUUCUCGACUGCGGGAGAAGUGCCAACGCCACGACGACGUUUCAGCAGCUCAGAGGAUGUCUUCCUUGACUCGCGGCCUCCACCGCCAGAACCACUCCCCAAGAAGACACCCCCACCCCCCUUCGACCGUACGCACGCUUCGGUGGACCUGAACCACACACCAGGGACACACUUUAGCACGCUGCCCCGGAAGCCCACGGCUCGUGACGGCCCUGUCCGUCCAUCCACGCUGAGCCGCACCGCCAGCCUGCACACACGCUCCCAGUCCCUGAUCGAUGUCGGUCGUGGAGCACCUGAGGACGUCCGCAAAGCAUCCCUCAACGCACUCAUCGAGCAGCGGAGGCGAGGCAUCAGCAAGCUUCGGGGCCUUGUCAUUCCCGAGAAGGUUUCCGAGGUCGUGGCACCAAGCCACACCAUCUGCGACCUUCCUGAGAUUCUAAGCAAGGACUCUAUCUUGACCACGAACAAGGCACCCCCGGCGACCCAACUUCAGAGGCCUGCCAGCACCAAUAAGUGGAGCACGGGGCAGACCGCCGUCAGUAACACCCCCCAGCUGGUGAUUCCAUCUCCACCCUGGAAAUCAAGUAGCAGUACCACCAACCUUCCGAAGUACUCACCAGCCUUCAAGAGGAAAAGCCUCACAGUUUACGGGUCCACCGGCUCCAGUCGGGAAGAUCUGCGGCCCUCGUGUCCCAGCUUCAGGAACUCUGCAGAGCCCCCGGCAUCCAUAGAGAGCAUAGCAUCUCCCACGAGGUCGGACCUCAGUUUUGAGUACAAGAUGCCCACAGGCAAGAGUGCCAUUGCACCCGGACGCCAUUCCAUGGAGGAUGACAGUGACAAUGACUCAGCUGUGAGCUCAAGUCGUUCCAGCAUCUCGCCUCCCCCCACACCCCCGCCCCCUGCGUUGCUGUCACCCCUGCAUCGCACCCUGUCCUCUGAGACAACUGUAUCUGCUGCGUCAUCCACUGCUUCCACCCUGACGUGUGGGUCCAGCGACAGCAACAGGCGUGUUCUGAAGGCACAGAGCGUGGAGGCCAUCAACCGCAAGAAUGUGCUGUCUUCGGCUCGCUACAGCAGUGGUCGGGACCUCAAGGUUGGGUCCCCGCUGAUACAGAGGAAGUUCGAUGAGGAUGUGCAUGUUGCGUACCUGGACGAGGUGGAGGGACCUGCCAAUGAGGGCGAAGAAAAGGGAGCAGAUAAGUUACUGGAGGAGCCAUCACCUGUGAAGCCCAUGCCUGCCCCCAGACAUGUCCCUGUGCCACCAAAACCUGUACAGCGCAAGUUGCUGGAGGUGGGCCCUGAGGAGGAGACCAGUCUUCUGAGUGUUCUGACAGGGGGCCGGGGCCCCCAGAUGCGUCGGCAGCGCAGCAAGGACUCGGUGCUGGGAGAUAGCAGGCGCUCUGUCAGUGUCAAUGACAUCAGGAAAGCAUUUGAAAAGGCUGAGAUGGCACUGGCGAACAGCGGACGCAAGGUGAACCAUGCCCGCGUCUCAUCCCUGGACUCGACAGCGAGUGAGGAUAGUUUCACGCCACACUACGGCUCUGUGGGUAAUCUGCAUCGUGAACAGUUUGGCAGUGUGACCUCCAUUGCCAGUUCUACGAGUCUCAUUUCCCCCCAGGAACUUCAGUUGUUGAUCGAGGAGGCAAACCAGCCCCUAGAGGACUCUGUUGGCUGCAUGGCGAUGCCAGUACAUGAUGUGGUAGUGGUGCUACUGCAUCGGGAGGGUGCCACCGGCAGCAUUGGCAUAACUCUAGCAGGGGGGGCAGAUUACGAGGCCAAGGAGAUUACGGUCCACAAGGUGUUGGCAGGCAGUCCGGCAGACAGGGAUGGACGCAUUCAGAAGGGUGACCGCAUCCUGUCAAUCAAUGGACGUAGCAUGAAGGGGGUCACUCAUCGCGAGUCACUCAACAUCCUCAAGGCCCCUCGAUCGGAGGUUGUUCUGGUUGUUUCACGGUCCAGAGUGCCACAGGAUGGACACCAUGACGGUCCCCAGCCGGAUGACUGCUCUGUUGCCACACACAUUCUGAGACCUUCACGCCCUCCUCGCAUCCCUGAGCAGCCUUUGGAGACAGUAACAAGCCCUCUGGUUGCAGCUGCAGGGGAGGACCGUGGACCUCCACACCUCAUCGUGCUCACAAAGGAUGGUGCUGGCUUGGGUUUCAGUCUCGAGGGAGGCAAGGACUCUCCACUGGGGGACAAGCCCCUUACCAUAAAGAAGAUAUUCACAGGUGGCUCUGCUGAGAAGAAUGGUCAGCUUCAGGCAGGCGAUGAGUUGCUCAAUGUGAACGGUUCAGAUGUCACAGUUCUCUCUAGAAUUGAAGCUUGGGGCCUCAUGAAACGUUUGCCAGAUGGACCCAUUGCUCUCACCGUCCGACACAGACUGAACAAGUGACCUUCCAUUUUCUAGAAGUAGUUGUCCAUUCCUGUGGGGCUAUUACCCCAGUAACUGUUGCAUAUUUGCUGUAUGGUGGCACAGGGUUUGUAUCUUGUAAUACAUUAAUCACCUAAGUGCAGUGUGUGAACCACAGAUACAGCAUUCACUAGCUUAGCAUUAACACAUGGAGCUUAGUUGGGGCUAACAGACAAGUGCAGUAUCAAGUGCCAAAACCGAAGGCUGAGGCUGGAGACAGUACCAUAUUGUUGCAGAGUCCAUGCCAUGGUGCUACGUGUUGAAACCGCGGUACCAUACGCUUAAGAGCGUGGGACAUGUUUAAGAUUUUGUAGCAUGAUACUAAUAAAUUUGGAUCGUGGUAUUCAGGAGCUGGUACCAUGGUACUGGAAAGUUUAUAUUGAGGCAUGGUGUACUGAAAUCGUGGUAUCAUGUGUGAAGAUUUUGGACUUUGAAACCGUAGUUCUGUACUUCAGCCGUGAAGAGUCUGGACCACAAUAUGAAAGUACUGAAGAAUUGCCACCAUGAUGCUGCAGUGUUAGGACCAUGGUACUGAAAUCUUGGGACCAUGCCCUGAAGAAUAAGGACCUUCUGCUAAAGGGUAACAUUUGUGGAAGUGAAGGGCAAGAAGUCUGAGGGAUAUUGUAAUAAGUCUGGAAUCAGGAACUUCACAUUCCAGAGUGGCAUUUUAAAAACUGAAAUAUUUUUGUAUUCUCUUUUUUACCACAUAGAGUAAAGUGGUAAGCCAUACUUAGUCAAGAUCCUGAGCAAGAAGGAUGUUGACAUCGACAUACAGUCUGUGAUAAUAAUAACAACUACAUAGGCAUUCAUUGCUUCGGCUGGGGGCCAGGGUGUCUUACAAGGUGUGUUGUAGUUACUAACAUUUUAUAUUUUGUAAUUAUGUAACAGUAAUUUGUUAGUUUCUAGGGUGUAUGUCACACAGUGUGAGUGCAUGAGAUUGCUGCUAGGAACAGACAUGUCUGAAUGCUGUUUAUAAGAUUGUCAUCUGUUGUUUCUUGGGAUACUUCUCUAUUAGCAUUGACAAAAUCACAUGAUGGCAUUCGUUGUUGCUCAUGUACAGUGAAUCUGGUACUCUUGUUCCUUGGUUCACAAAGGACUAUACUGGCUCUGUACUUUGUGGUGGCCUCUUGCAGGGGGAGGAGAGGACUGGGGAAUGUAAGACCAUGGAAGUGCAGUGGGAUACAUUAAAGAUGAGUUCAGGCUGUGAUCUUGUGGGUUGUGACACCGUAUAGUCUCGUAGACAGAUACCAAUGUUUCAGAUCAAUCUAUUUCUUUUGUCUUCAGGCUUGUAGUCCAUAGGGCAAGGAAAUAGUUUUAUUAUGUAAGCAUGUUGCAAGGGAGGGGUGUCAGCAAGGUAAUUAGGAGGGUGAAAAACAGUGGAGUCCAGCCCAGGUGCGUAGGUAGAGUGGGCAGGAUGUUCUCAUUUGUUCCAGUUGGUUUGCAUCAGGCCCUGUAGGUCUGAGUGACCACGUUCUUGAAUCCUGGCUAAGUGACUGGACCAGCUGUUUGCUGUACACACUUCAACCUUAGACAGUGUUCUUCUGAAAUAAUUUUGGCUGGGCAUUAUGUUUAAGUAAUUCUGCCUUGAACUUUACAACAAAUUAUGGGCAUGGGGUUGAGUACUGCACCCCAAAAUAUGCCUUUUAUAUCAGCCCUUGCUAGUAGAUGAGUAUGGAACAUUGGUGAAAAGGCAAUUUGCAGGGGAAAGCUGAAGUACUUGGAGAAAAACCUGGCCUGUUGAUACCUUGUUUACCACAGUUCUCACAUGAACUGCCCUGGGAUUGAACCCGAGUCUCUGUGGCGAAAAGUCAGUGACUUAAGUGCCUGAGCUAAGGUUUACAACUGACAAGUUUUGAUGUUCGUGAAGUCUCUGAAGCUCACUACACCCAGUUCUCUUACAUGUUGCUGUGAGCAGACUGACCCCCACACCAUGGAGGUAAAAUUGUGAGAUCUUGAAACCAGAAACAACACAGAAACUGAGCAGAAUACACUGAAACAUUUCUAAGAUACAGUGUAAAGUCAGUCCUAGUUGAGAGAUAUACUACGAGUUGCAUGUCUUGCACAGACUUUCGCACAAUGAACAUGCAGAUUAUGAAGAGAAGUGAUUAAUUUGUAUCUGUGCCAACGUGACAAAACUGAAUGUUCCUAUGGUUGGAAUAGGGUGUGUACAUUUCUAGAAUCAAAUGUAUUGGGGUGGUUGGUAUGCUGCCUAGUUUAGAGCUUGUUAUGUAAUAUAUUUAUACCUGCUGCAAAUAAAAUAUAUUAAAAUGGUUAUCAA